AGUGCCCGCGGACCUGGAUAUCCGAGCAGCUGAGGUCUGCGAAGGCAGCCCAGCAUGGGGCUGCUGGAGCUGUGCGAGCAAGUGUUCGGCACCGCUGACCUUUACCGGGUGCUGGGCGUGCGACGCGAGGCUUCAGACGGCGAGAUCCGACGCGGCUACCACAAGGUGUCCCUGCAGGUGCACCCCGACCGAGUGGACGAGGGCCAGAAGGAGGACGCCACCCGCCGCUUCCAGAUCCUGGGGAGAGUCUACGCUGUUCUAAGUGACAAAGAGCAGAGAGCAGUGUACGAUGAGCAGGGAGUAGUGGACGAAGACUCUGCUGUGCUCAACCAAGACCGGGACUGGGAAGCGUACUGGAGGUUACUCUUUAAAAAGAUAUCUCUAGAGGACAUACAAGCAUUUGAAAAGACGUACAAAGGUUCUGAAGAAGAGCUGGCUGAUAUUAAGCAGGCCUAUCUGGACUUCAAGGGUGACAUGGAUCAGAUCAUGGAGUCUGUGCUUUGCGUGCAGUACACAGAAGAACCCAGGAUAAGAAACAUAAUUCAGCAAGCUAUUGAUGCCAGAGAGGUCCCCUCCUAUAAUGCCUUUGUCAGAGAAUCGAAACAGAAGAUGAAUGCAAGGAAAAGGAGGGCUCAGGAAGAGGCUAAAGAAGCAGAAGUGAGCAGGAAGGAGUUGGGGCUUGAUGAAGGAGUGGAUAACUUGAAAGCACUCAUUCAGAGCAGACAAAAGGAUCGCCAAAAGGAAAUGGACAAUUUUCUGGCUCAGAUGGAAGCAAAAUACUGCAAACCUUCCAAAGGAGGAGGGAAAAAAAUGGCUCUCAAGAAAGAAAAGAAGUAAUGGAUUUUUCUCCCCUAAGGUCCUUUAUAGGCAUUAACAGGUACCAUGAUAGGCAAGUUGUAAUCAAGACUCGAAGACAGAAGUUAAUCUAACCUUUGAGAGCAGUUGUCUUUCCCAUGUAAAUUAUUUGGAUCAAGUAAACCAUCAAAGUCUGAUUUUAGUAUUUCCUAGCACUAGUCUGAUACUGUAUGGGGCUCUCACACUUACUCAUUCCUGAAUGAGGAAUGUGGUAGUGCGAGUUGGAAGUGCAGUACCCUGCCUGACAGUACUUGCUUCCUAGGCUUUUGCCCAGGAGGGCCGUGUAGGAUGUGGAUGUCUGUACUGCUUUCAGUGAUGCGCACAUCCAUUAGAACAGGCACUCCACCUAUUGAGAACACCCUCAGGACACUUGCUGAACAGCUAUCUUCCAAAUAAUUGCCAGCUUGCUUUUGUUCUUAAUGGUUUUAAAUAGACUCUUUCUGUUCUACUUGGCCAGGUUUUGUACUUUAUCCUUCAUGUAUAGGAAAAAUAAGUGUUCAGAUUACUUCAAACAUUU